UCCAACCUAAUGGGCCACUUUCAGCUCUGGCGCUCAACAAACCAAUAAUCCACCUUUCUUGUCGCUGUUCACCCCUUCCCUGUCCCUAGGGACCUGGUUGUUCAACUUAACCCUUCACCCCUUGUCUGUACUCCUUAGUGACUCACCUUUGGUCCUGCUCUGCCCCUCCGUCCCAGCCAUCUCAGGCUCUACAGCCCACCAUUAGCGGGCCUGUCCCUAUCCCCUUAUCGUCGUCACUCAGGGGUCCUCAGGUUUGCCACGGCACCCGGACCCUUUGAGGCUUUCAGCACUCCCCGCCUUCCUCCCUCCACUUCUUGGCCUCACGCCGGUCGUGAUGUCAGCCGCUUUGAGCUGGAACAUCCCGUUCCCGGCGCUGGUUCCUGCUGUUGGCCACAGCCUUCCCUUUUCUCCAGGCGCUGAGAAAAUGCUAGGGAUGGGGGUGUGGUUAGACAGGGAGUAGAGGAAGAACUCUAUGCUAGUUAUUGGGCAUGUCCUACCUAAGGUUUUGGAUGCGGGUGGUACGGUUAACUAGAGAAGUAGGGGACUAGGGAAGAAUCCAGGGUCCUUAUCUAUGGCAUGUGCUGGCUUCAGUCCCGGUGGUUGAGAGGAGGCAGAGGCCAGAGAAAGAAAAAGCAGUGUCUUGACUAGAAUGACCAGGUGAGAGCUGGGGGCUUUUGCCGGGAGAGCAGAGGUGGUGUAUUUCGUCUUUGGGAGGCUAGAACCAGCUCCCGGAAUCCCUAUAGUUCGCCCCUCUUCGCACCGCCGUCUGGGUCCCGGGGAUGUGUUAGGACGGACGAUCCACUGGAUAGGCCAGCCAGUGUGGGAGUGGGUCGUUCUCCCACUUCCUCAGGGGACUCGCUCCCGCCCUUCCGUGGUCCCUCCAGCAACCGCUGAGCUCAGUGACUGACGUCGGUUUCCCUGGCGACCGCAGCAGUAGCGGAAGCCUGUGGUGCUGUGACUGAAUUUGUCAGCCCUCAGACAGCCGUCCUACCUCCUUCAGCCAGGCCUCAAGGCCCCUUUGUGCACGUGUGGUGGCCUCUUUACCUUCCCUGUUUUGUUGUCUUCCUUAUGGCCCAGACAUGAGUGGCCCCCUAGAAGGGGCUGAUGGGGGAGGAGACCCUAGGCCCGGAGAAUCUUUUUGUUCUGGAGGAGUCCCAUCCCCUGGGGCCCCCCAGCACCGGUCUUGUCCAGGUCCCAGCCUGGCUGAUGACACCGAUGCAAACAGCAAUGGCUCAAGUGGUAAUGAGUCAAACGGGCAUGAGUCCAGGGGUGCAUCUCAGCGGAGCUCUCAUAGCUCCUCCUCUGGCAAUGGCAAGGACUCGGCCUUACUGGAGACCACUGAGAGCAGCAAGAGCACAAACUCUCAGAGCCCAUCCCCACCCAGCAGUUCCAUUGCCUAUAGCCUCCUGAGUGCCAGCUCAGAGCAAGACAAUCCAUCUACCAGUGGUUGCAGUAGUGAACAGUCAGCUCGAGCCAGGACCCAGAAGGAACUCAUGACUGCACUUCGGGAGCUCAAGCUUCGGCUGCCACCAGGGCAUCGGGGCAAGGGCCGCUCUGGGACCCUGGCCACACUCCAGUAUGCCCUGGCCUGUGUCAAGCAGGUUCAAGCCAACCAGGAAUAUUACCAGCAGUGGAGUCUGGAAGAGGGUGAGCCUUGUGCCAUGGACAUGUCUACCUAUACCCUGGAGGAAUUGGAGCAUAUCACAUCUGAGUACACUCUUCGUAACCAGGAUACCUUCUCGGUGGCUGUCUCUUUCCUGACAGGCCGAAUCGUCUAUAUUUCUGAGCAGGCAGGUGUCCUGCUGCGUUGCAAGCGGGAUGUGUUUCGGGGUGCCCGCUUCUCAGAACUCCUAGCUCCCCAGGAUGUGGGCGUCUUCUAUGGCUCCACUGCACCAUCUCGCCUGCCCACUUGGGGCACAGGGACCUCUGCAGGUUCGGGCCUCAAGGACUUUACCCAGGAGAAGUCUGUCUUCUGUCGAAUCAGAGGAGGUCCUGACCGGGAUCCAGGGCCUCGAUACCAUCCAUUCCGUCUAACUCCAUACGUGACCAAGAUUCGAGUCUCAGAUGGGGCCCCUGCACAGCCGUGUUGCCUACUCAUUGCAGAGCGUAUCCACUCAGGUUAUGAAGCUCCCCGGAUCCCCCCUGACAAGAGGAUCUUCACCACGAGGCACACACCCAGUUGCCUCUUCCAGGACGUGGAUGAAAGAGCUGCCCCGUUGCUGGGCUACCUACCCCAGGACCUCCUGGGGGCCCCAGUACUCCUGUUUCUGCAUCCUGAGGAUCGACCCCUCAUGCUGGCCAUCCAUAAGAAGAUCCUGCAGCUGGCGGGCCAGCCCUUUGACCACUCCCCCAUCCGCUUCUGUGCCCGUAAUGGGGAGUAUGUCACCAUGGACACUAGCUGGGCUGGCUUUGUGCACCCUUGGAGCCGCAAGGUGGCUUUUGUGUUGGGCCGCCAUAAAGUGCGCACGGCACCCCUCAAUGAGGACGUCUUCACUCCCCCAGCCCCAAGCCCAGCCCUGUCCCUGGACUCUGACAUCCAGGAGCUCUCAGAGCAGAUCCACCGGCUGCUGUUGCAGCCUGUACACAGCUCCAGCCCCACAGGGCUCUGUGGAAUUGGUCCUCUGAUGUCUCCACGUCCUCUACACAGCCCUGGCUCCUCCAGUGAUAGCAAUGGGGGUGAUGCCGAGGGCCCUGGGCCUCCCGCUCCAGUGACUUUCCAGCAGAUCUGUAAGGACGUGCAUCUGGUGAAGCACCAGGGGCAGCAGCUCUUCAUUGAGUCUAGGGCCAGGCCUCCACCCCGGCCCCGCCUCCUUGGCAAGGCCAAAGGUCUUCCCUGCCAGUCCCUAGACCCAGAGCUGGAGGUGGUCCCUAUGCCCAACCAAGCCCCAUUAGCCUUGGCUCCCGAGGAGGCAGAGAGGAAGGAAGCCUCCAGUUGUUCCUACCAGCAGAUCAACUGCCUGGACAGCAUCCUUAGGUACUUAGAGAGCUGCAACAUCCCCAGCACAACCAAGCGUAAAUGUGCCUCCUCCUCUUCCUGUACUGCUUCCUCUGCCUCUGAUGAUGACAAGCAGAGGACAGGUCCGGUCCCUGUUGGGGCUAAGAAAGAUCCGUCGUCAACAGUGCUGUCUGGGGAGGGGGCCACUCCUCGGAAGGAGCCAGUGGUGGGAGGCACCCUGAGCCCUCUCACCCUGGCCAAUAAGGCAGAGAGCGUAGUGUCCAUCACCAGUCAGUGUAGCUUCAGCUCCACCAUCGUCCAUGUGGGAGACAAGAAGCCCCCGGAGUCGGACAUCAUCAUGAUGGAGGACCUGCCUGGCCUAGCCCCUGGCCCAGUCCCUAGUCCGGCCCCCAGCCCCACAGUAGCCCCUGACCCAGCCCCAGAUGCUUAUCGCCCAGUGGGCCUCACCAAGGCCGUGCUAUCCCUGCACACACAGAAGGAAGAGCAAGCUUUCCUCAGCCGCUUCAAAGACCUUGGCAGGCUUCGUGGACUUGACAGCUCUUCUGCCACCCCCUCAGCCCCUGGUGAGCGAGGCUGCCAUCAUGGCCCCGUGCCUCCUGGCCGCCGACACCACUGCCGAUCUAAAGCCAAGCGUUCACGCCAUCACCACACCCCCCGGGCUGAAGCUCCCUGCUGUGUCUCCCACCCUUCACCUGUGCCCCCUUCUGGCCCCUGGCCCCCUCCACCAUCUACUACCCCCUUCCCAGCAGUGGUCCAACCUUACCCUCUCCCAGUGUUCUCUGCUCGGGGAGGCCCCCAGCCUCUUCCUCCUGCCCCUACACCUAUGCCCCCUGCCACUUUCCCUACCCCCCUGGUGACCCCAAUGGUGGCCUUGGUGCUUCCUAACUAUCUAUUCCCUACCCCACCUAGCUAUCCAUAUGGGUUAUCUCAGGCCCCUGUUGAGGAACCCCCAACUCCUGCUUCCCACUCACCUUCUCCAUCCUUACCCCCACUGACCCCGAGCCCCCCUCAUCACCCAGACUCCCCCCUGUUCAACUCAAGAUGCAGUUCCCCACUCCAGCUCAAUCUGCUACAGCUUGAGGAAUCCCCCCGCACUGAAGGGGGUGCUGUUGCAGGAGGCCCUGGGAGUAGUGCUGGGCCCCCACCUCCCACUGAGGAGGCUGCUGAGCCAGAGGCCAGACUGGUGGAGGUAACUGAAUCCUCCAAUCAGGAUGCACUUUCAGGCUCCAGUGACCUGCUGGAGCUACUGCUGCAAGAGGAUUCUCGCUCUGGCACGGGCUCUGCAGCCUCAGGCUCCCUGGGCUCUGGCUUGGGCUCCGGGUCUGGUUCAGGCUCCCACGAGGGGGGCAGCACCUCAGCCAGCAUCACUCGCAGCAGUCAAAGCAGCCACACGAGCAAAUAUUUUGGCAGCAUCGACUCUUCAGAGGCUGAGGCUGGGGCUGUUCAAGCCAGGACUGAGCCUGGGGACCAGGUUAUUAAGUAUGUGCUUCAGGAUCCCAUCUGGCUGCUCAUGGCCAAUGCUGACCAGCAUGUCAUGAUGACCUACCAGGUGCCAUCCAGGGACAGAGCCUCUGUGCUAAAGCAGGACCGGGAGCGACUCCGGACCAUGCAGAAGCAGCAGCCACGGUUCUCAGAGGACCAGCGGCGGGAACUGGGUGCUGUGCACUCCUGGGUCCGGAAGGGCCAGCUGCCUCAGGCCCUUGAUGUGAUGGCUUGUGUGGACUGCAGUAGCAGUAUCCAAGAUCCUGGCCACUCUGAUGACCCACUCUUCUCAGAACUGGAUGGACUUGGGCUGGAGCCCAUGGAAGAGGGUGGAGGCGAAGGUGGUGGUGGUGGUGGUGGUGGUGGUGAGGGUGAGGGUGGUGAGGAGGCCCAGGCCCAUAUUGGGGUUAAGGUCUCAAGCUCCCAGGACUCUGCCAUGGAUGAAGAAGAACAAGGUGGGAGCUCAUCUAGUCCAGCGUUACCUGCCACAGAAAAUGGUACCAGCUAGACUCCAUUUUGGGGCCACUUGUGGCAGUCCAUGAGAGGCUUCCUUUUUGACCAUCUUGUGGUUCUCAGGACUCAAGAUGUGGCUGGACCAACUAGUAGGAAACUGCCCCAGCUUCUCCCAGUAUAGGGGGCUGGACCCCCAUCGCCAGCCCAGGAUCCAGGCAAUGUCUCUAGCUUCUUAGCAGAGGGUGGAAGUUUUCAGUCCAGCCUGGAAGAUUGUCACUUCCUACCCUAGUGAGGAGACCUUUUCCUCCUUUGGGUAAGGUUGCUGACAAGCUGUGGUCUUUCCAAAUCCCAGCUGAGCCUGAGUCCCAGUCCAAGGGUUGGGGCUGCACUUAUUUAUUGGGGGAGACAGCUCACUCUCCCACCUCCUCUCCAGAUGGGACGAGGGGAGCCUGGGGCCCAAGUGGGACCCAGGGGUUUUGAACCCCUAGCUGCUCCAGGGUGGGGGAAGUUGGUGGACCAUGGAGUCCCUGGUGCUGCCCCUCAGGUGGGAUCCAGGCGUUCUCAGCUCUACCCUCUACCAAUGGCAUUUGUGUUUUUGAUAUUGUGUCUGUUAUUUUUUUAAUACAAAAAGAAAGAAGGGAAAAAAAACA